AUGGGUCAACAGGCCCCUCCCCAGGGAGGCUCCCGCAAGAUCUCCUUCAACGUCUCCGACCAGUACGAGAUUCAAGAUGUCAUCGGUGAAGGUGCAUACGGUGUGGUCUGCUCGGCCAUUCACAAACCGUCUGGCCAGAAGGUUGCCAUCAAAAAGAUCACCCCGUUCGACCACUCCAUGUUCUGCCUGCGAACCUUGCGUGAAAUGAAGCUGUUGCGCUAUUUCAACCACGAGAACAUUAUCUCUAUUCUUGAUAUCCAACGGCCUCGCAGCUACGAGGCCUUUAGCGAGGUGUACUUGAUUCAGGAGCUGAUGGAAACCGAUAUGCACCGUGUCAUUCGCACACAAGAUCUGUCAGAUGACCACUGUCAAUACUUUAUCUACCAGACGCUACGUGCGCUCAAAGCUAUGCAUUCCGCCAAUGUCCUUCACCGUGAUUUGAAGCCCUCCAACUUGCUGCUUAACGCCAACUGCGAUUUGAAAGUUUGCGAUUUCGGUCUGGCCCGAUCAGCUGCGUCCACCGACGAUAACUCGGGAUUUAUGACAGAAUACGUCGCCACUCGUUGGUAUCGUGCGCCGGAGAUUAUGUUGACGUUUAAGGAGUACACCAAAGCCAUUGAUGUGUGGAGUGUCGGCUGUAUUUUGGCUGAGAUGCUAAGUGGCAAGCCACUGUUCCCCGGCAAGGACUGUACGAAAGACCCCCUCUUCCCUUCCCUCGCAGAAUACCGAAUUGCGCACCACCACCAGCUCACUCUGAUCCUGGAUGUCCUUGGCACCCCGACAAUGGAGGACUAUUAUGGCAUCAAAUCCCGACGAGCACGCGAGUACAUCCGCUCUCUUCCGUUCAAGAAGAAGAUUCCCUUCCGCGCCCUCUUCCCCAAGAGCAACGACAUGGCCUUGGAUCUGCUCGAGAAACUACUGGCAUUCAACCCGGCCAAGCGGAUCACGGUCGAGGAGGCCCUGCGUCACCCUUACCUGGAGCCAUAUCACGACCCGGAGGAUGAGCCUACAGCCCCGCCAAUCCCAGAGGCCUUCUUCGACUUUGACAAGAAUAAGGAUGCCUUGAGUAAGGAACAAUUGAAAAUGCUGAUCUACGAGGAGAUCAUGCGGUAA